AUGAAGGCUGCCUUGCUUGCCCUCUUCUUCCUUGUCUUUGCCUUCACAUCAGCCAAAGCUGGUGUUUUGGUUGUUGACACUGAAGGCAACCCCGUCAGAAAUGGUGGCUCAUACAACAUCCUCCCAGCACGGUCUGGAAACGGUGGCGGCCUCGACCUUGCUGCCACUGGUGGCGAAUCUUGCGCUGUUACCGUUGUUCAAGCCUUGUCAGAACAAUCCAACGGUUCGCCCACCAGACUUUCUUCUCCUUACAGAGUCCGUUAUCUCUGCACAAACCUUGAAGUGGACCUCACCGCCGUUGCACCACCACAGUGCGCCGCGAAACCGGCGAGAUGGACGAUCGUCGGCCAAGAAGAGGAGAAUAGGCAAGUGAAACUUGCGGGACAGCCAGACACCGUACGCGGUUCGUUUAGAAUUCAGACACAUCGUGGUUCGACUUACAAGAUUGUGUUCUGUGAGAGUGGUGAAGAGUCUUGCAGGGCUCUUGGGCUUUCCAACGACAACAAAGGACACAGAAUUUUGUCUGUUAACGAUGAGAAUCCUUUCGUUGUUGUGUUUCGUAAGGCUGAAUCAUCUUGUGCAUAAAGGGUGGACUGUGCUGCGGAAAUGCUGAUGAAGCCACUGCAUGUUGCAAGUAGUUUACAUAACUCCUUGCACGGAAUAAUAAAUAAAAUAAUGCUUCAUAUGCUUUCCUUUCCUACCUCUGUAUCUGAAGCCUAAAAUAAAUAAAAUUAUGUUCCAAGUGGCUUCCUUUUC